GCUUGAGUCUCUUGUGUAGGAGUGCCAACCCGAGAUGCUUAUGUGCGAUAUUGCAUUUACGUAGGUCUAUGGACAGGACAUAGAGCUGCCCUAUGCAUAGAUUCCGAAUACGGCCAAAGCUGGGUUUCCUAGGUAUGAGAGCUCUAUCCUACGAUACGGACCAUAAUUCCGGCAUUAUAUAGGCACUGAGCUGGAAUCGUGCGUGGAUUCAAGAGAAGAACCCCUGGGCAAGUCUAGAAAGAGCGCUGGUGUGAGAAAAGACACCCACAACCCACCAACUCCAUCCCAUCAUGGCGACAGAAGAACCACACACCGUCCAGCCCACCAGCAAACACACACACACGAUAAUCCUCCUCCACGGCCGCGACAGCACCGCCGCCACAUUCGCGUCCGAGUUCUUCGAAAGCCAGGCCUCCGACUCGCGCUUCCUGCCCGCCAUCUUCCCAUCCAUCAAAUGGGUCUUCCCCGCCACGACGCCCAAGUUCUCCGCCCGCUUUAAGACGGAUCUCUCCCAAUGGUUCGACAUGUGGACGACGUCGGACCCCGAGGAACGCAAGGCGCUGCAAGCCGCGGGGCUGAAGGAGAGCGUUUCGGCCAUUUCCCAGCUUCUGCGCGACGAGAUGCGCGCACUCCCUGCCGCGCGCAUCUUCCUCGCAGGCAUCAGCCAGGGCUGCGCCGUCGCUGUGCACACUCUGUUCGGCUGCGAGGUGCGGCUUGCAGGCCUCUUGGGGUUCUGCGGCUGGCUGCCCUUUCAGGCCGACGUUGAGCUGAUCACGCAAGCGAAUCUCGCGAGACAGCAAGCGCUCGAGCAAGUGCGCAAUGUCUUUGAUCCUGCGCCGGGUGGUGUUGCUGGCUUGGCUGCGAUGGAGACGCCGGUUUUCCUGGCUCAUGCGCGCGAUGAUGAGGUGGUUCCGGUGCGGAAUGGCAGGCUUUUGGCGGAGAGCCUUGGGGCGCUGGGGAUGGCUGUGGAGUGGAAAGAGUAUGAGGACGGCGGACACUGGCUUAGCGAACCGGGGGGCAUUGACGAUGUGGUUGCAUUUAUCGGUGCUAAUAUGUAUACUUGACUCCAAGCUCUCGAGAGCGCGCUCACACCCAUGUCUAUCCACUCACAGCUCUUCUCAUUUGCGAGGUCCGCCCUCAAAUCAUGUCCGGGCACCACGGAAAGAAGAGGGUUGUUAUCACACCCAGGAGCAAAUGGUUCCGGAUGAUCCAUACCUCACCUUCUUUGAGCCAUUUCACCCAGCCGUAACAUCCCGCCAACCUCCUCUAGAACACGCACCCGCACCAGCCACCAGCGACCACCACCCCCAGCAACCCGCAUUCCAACCGCAAGCCAAGCAUCCAAGCCCACGCGAGUCGCACAAGCCGAUCAGGCCACAAGUCAGCGUCACGAACAUCACCAGAGAAGAGAGCCACGGUACCCCCUCUCACGCAUCCAAACAACCGUAGCACAAAGUGCUCUUCGCAGCAAUUCCACUGACAGCGUCUUCACG